UUUUAAAAAUAAUAUAUUUAUUCAUUAUAUGUAUAGAAGUAGUACCUCCUCGUCCACCUUUACCUGGAAGCAAUAUUCCACCUCCGAGACCUCCACCUCCUGAAACAGACGAUGAAGAAGAAAUGUUUAUGCAUGCUCCUCAACCCAAUCAACCAAUAAUGAUGGCUGCCCACGGUUUACAUCAAGAGGUACGGCAAUGGUCUAGCAAAGACAACGAAAUUAUUGCUGCGGCAAAGAAAAUGGCUAUUUUAAUGGGCAAAUUAUCAGGAUUAGUUAGAGGCGAAGGUGGUAACAAACGAGAUCUUAUUGCAUGCGCCAAAGCUAUUGCAGAAGCUUCUCAGGAAGUGACCCGUCUUGCAAAGGAACUCGCUAGAGAAUGUACUGAUAAACGCAUUCGAACGAAUCUUCUUCAAGUUUGCGAACGUAUCCCUACUAUUGGAACACAAUUGAAGAUACUAUCUACAGUAAAAGCCACUAUGCUUGGAGCACAAGAGAUACUUCCGACCUGGGAAGAGCUGAUACUUUAUGGUACAGAAGAAGAUCAAGAAGCGACGGACAUGCUUGUCGGGAAUGCUCAAAAUCUUAUGCAAAGCGUGAAAGAGACGGUACGUGCAGCAGAAUGUGCUAGCAUAAAGAUUCGUACAGCUUCUGGUAUGAAAUUACGCUGGGUGCGUCGUCAACCAUGGUAUCAAUAUUAAACACACAUACACACACACGCGCGCGCGCGCAUGCAUACAAAUAUAUCCGUAUAUAUAUUAAUGAAAGUUUUUCCAUAUAAUUUUAA